GGGAAGACCGAAUAACCAACGUUGGGAAGCAGACAUUAUUGUUACGAAUGGACAGGGACGAGGCCCUCCUCCUCGAAUCCCUCGCACUUCUCUUCUCGCUUGCAGAUGAGCUCCGCAAGCUCGACAUUACAAACGUUCGGGCCAGCGAGUUACACUAUGACCAGAGUGAUAUGGCCUUGGAGGCGCUCAAUUUGGUGCGAGAUCGUUGCAACCAACUCGAGGAUGCCAUCAGAUCGGGCCAAUCAAAAGGAAAAGGACGAAGCGCGGCACAUGCGCACGGCGGUGUUAUCUCGUUCUCAUCAACGGCAACCCUAGCAGAACCUAUUCCAUGGGAGAGUGAAUUGCCAGGACCGAACGGCACUGGAGACUGGGAGAUACAUCCGCCACCGAUUGGUGGCUCCCAUACCCCUGGAAGUCUUGGAAGGCCGCGUACUGCGUUUGUGAAAGCUGGUUUUGGCGAUCGGCAUGAAGAGUAUUCUCACACCGUCACUGGCCACUUGGCGAGAUCCCCGGAGCGAACCGUGGAUGCCGCAGAUUAUAUGGAAUCAAGUUCACGAUCGUCAACCCAGCCGCAACCGGUCGCAUAUACCGCCUUAUCAACAAGCUCACCAGCAAAAUCGUUUCCAUCUGGAACCUCUUGGCCUCCAGAAGAUAUAUACGAAGCGCACCCGGUUAACCCAAUCCCACCUUUCGUGACGCGUUCAAUGACUAACGGCGUACCGCCUGCAUUGUCAAGUACUUCGUCCCAGCCAACACCCAGCGCUUCAUCAUUGACUGCUGCAUCAGCCAGCCGUGAUACGCAGCUCGAAACUUCACAUUCCAAAAAGUGUAUCGAAAUCACGCCCAGUGAUGUCGACACGGAAACGGUCUACGUCGCUUGUAAGGAAUAUAAAAAGCCGGAACCAAAUUCGAUGGACAUUAGCCUAAAGCCCGGGGACCGCGUGAAGAUAACCUGCGUAAUGGACGAUAACGUCACCGCCUUGGGAUCGAAUCUGGUAACAGGGGCAGAAGGAACUUUUCCACUUUCCUGCCUCACAUUCAAGUUUGCGUGGGAUGAACUUCAAGCUGAUACCGGUAAAGUACCAGCUGGCACCGCCCAGUCAGCGCCAACAUCACUAGUUACUCCGGUCAGAAGGAACGAGCCGCCCGUAGCUGCACCACCGCCUCUAAUGCAUACCCCUAUACCAUCUGCGUCCACGGGCCCGUUCCCGCCAUCUGUAGCAACGUCUGGGGGGCCGUCUGGGGGAUCAUCGGGAGAGUCCUCUUCGUCACGAGUAAACAGCAUGAUGCCAGGACGAUAUCUUGCCAUAAAGAGCUAUCCCGCAAAAAGCGAACUGGAGAUAUCAUUGAAGCUUGGUGACGAGGUCGAGGUCAUAUGUUUUGCUGAGGAUGGGAACACUGCUUUCGGGCUGCACAUGCCAACAAAGAACCAAGGCGCUUUCCCUUCAUCCUAUUUGCGCCGGCUGCCUGACGACGUAAAGGACAAAAAGGACGUCAUCCCGGAGUUCAUGACAAGUGCUUUGGCUGGCAUGAUGAGUAACGGCUCUAGUAGUAGUGCGGCCAUUCCUAUCCCUUACGAGGCUGAGCUGGCCAAUCCAAUUGGUGGAUCCUCAUAUGAGCUUCCAUCAAGGAGUUCGUCCCUUGCCUCCAAUAGCCGAGCAAGUAUUGCGUCCAGCGCGUCCGCCAAUGUUUCGCGAGAAAACUCCUUUAGCCGUCACUCAAACCCCGAGCCUUCAGGUCUUUCCUCCAAUGUGCAAAUACCACCUAGACAACUCCCUGCGUCUAGCGUACCGUCUUCGGAAGCAUCCCCUAUUUCUGCCGUGUCAUCGCAGCUGCGACCAGCCGACUCUCUGUCGAAAGAAACCAGGCAUAAUCGGGAUCGUGAUUCCGUCAUGGCUGCUAUAGCGGCUUUGGAAGAGGAAAAUGCAACUGCUUACAAAGUGUACUCUGAUACUAUCGGGCGAUUUAGAGCUGAUGGACGCCCUGUACCAUUAGCUAUGAAUCUGGAACUCAUGAAAGCUUUGACAAACAAUAUGGCGCAAUAUAACUGGAAUCGUGAAGAGCAAGAAGAGAUGCUUAGGGAACGAGCGGAAAGUACCGAAGACGUGGAUCACCAACAACCUCCCCAGCACCCGCCAGCCCCGAUACGUUCGGAAUCGUAUGUGGGUACGCACGAGGUUUUAGGCCAGUUCCAGCAACGCGUCAGCAUUUUCCGAGAAAAGGGAUACCAUCCAGCGGCUCCACAGGUGUUGGGCUCGGCGGCUCGAGGAGGUCAAGAGGAGCACGUCGUCCCUCCGCGCCAACAGAUAUCAUCCGAAGAAGCUCAGAAACAGCGAGCAACCCUCAUAUCGAUUGUACUGGAACUGGAAUACACGGAGACCAAUUAUAGAAAUGACUUGCAUGCGUUGAUAGACCAUAUCAUGAAGCCUAUGAUCGCCGAAAACAUUGUCCGAAAAGCCGACAUCGAUCACAUCUUUAAGAUCAUUCCUCAGUUAUGCAGCCUUAGUGAUAUCCUCGCUGUUCAACUCUCGGAGGCAGCGCAGAACUUUGAUAGAGAUCCCUUUGCUGUUGGCACCGUAUUUCUGAAUCACGUGGAGGAGUGGAAUAUCUACAUUAAAUACGUGGAGAACUAUGCAAUGGCCAAGAAGACCAUACGGCGACUCGAAGACUCUAAAACAUGUGGUGAAGCUUUCAAACAAUUCUUAGAGAAAUGUCGCCGAAAACCCGAAUGCCACAGAACCGAUAUUCACGGAUUCUUAAUAUUACCCAUUCAGAGAAUCAGUCGUUACUGGCUUUUGCUUCAGCGUUUGAGGAAACAUAGUGACCACACUAACCCGGCGUGUGAAACUCUCGAGGUGGCUGGGCAGUACAUGUUCCAGAUAGGUAGUAUGUUAGACUAUGUCAAGCGAAGGGACGAUGAAAUGCAUCGCAUGUUUGAAAUUGCGGGCGAAGUCAAAGGGUUUCCGGCGAAUAUCAUCUCCUUCACUCAACGACGCUUUAUUGCCCAAUACGAAGCGGAUGAAGUGACUGGGGCGAAAAGGCUUAUUCUCUUCCUAUUCUCGGACUGCAUCCUGGUAUGCACAUAUCGCAAACCGCGGGACAUUGCAGCAGACGGUAAGAAAUACGAACUGGCCUUAAAAGUGGAAUCCAAAGGCAUGGUUAUCGAAGACGAUCAUGACGAUCCGUCCAUGAUCCGGCUUCGUUUUACGGAACACAACCCACCAACGUCACAAUCAAGCGCCAACUCCCGAGACAGUUCCACAUCGGGUGGUUUCCGCAUUUCGUGGGAAAGAUCUCGGUCCUCUGUAAGCCUAUCCGAUCAUCACGGACACGGCGGUCGUCGCCUGUCGUCGGACUUGGACGAACCAGUCCAUUUACUACUGGUCUUGCGAUUUGCCGAUAGCCGAACGAGAGAUGAGUUCAUUUCAGAUGUGAAGAAAGCGGAAGAAUGGGGAUUGAGAAGAUUGAGGGAAAAGGAAAAGGGUGGUGGUGUCCCUGCGGAGGUCCCUCCUGUACGAGAGAAGAGAGGAAGCUUGGCAGAGAGGGCGUCGGUGUUUGAGUUGACAAAUGGGGAGGACCUGUUGAAUGAGUUGUAUUAUCAGGGGAAAGUUGGAUGAGACGUGAUAGAUGUCGAAUGUUCGGUGCAUAUAACUUUCUCAUGGGACACUUGGCGGCUAUCUGUUGUACAUAGGUUGUUGUGUGGGAGAUAUUCUAAAUAGUUGGGAUUCGAGGUCUGUGAUCCGCCGCCAAUUGGACGGUGAAUUCAGGCGACAACCAAGUUUGAAGCUGAGGGCACAUGUGACAAUUAGAGACAUGGAAACGAUUUUACUAUUCAUCUGUACUAUUAUUUACAUAUCAAUUACAAAAUUUCAUGAACCUUUUG